UUCCCUCAGGCUACCUCUUUUUCUCUAAACUGAAACACCUGCAUAAUUACAGCAAUAACUAGUAGUUAUUUUGCAUGCCAGAACACAUAAUGAAAGUCUGAUAACAGAUCCUAAAUAUUUACAGAUAGAGAUUACGUACUUGUACUAAAUGUAGUCUAACACAUCUGUUGGAUCACACAUGGAGAUGGAGUAUAUUUCUACGUUUGGACUGUAGGACAGAGAGAUCCUUUAUCAGUAGUGUCUCAGUGUCUCCGCAGUGGCAUCCUCUGUUAUGCUGAUAUCAGAUAUGAAUUGUGUUAUGAUAUGAAUCACACUCGCUUACUCGCAUACUCUUCUAUGUCGAUUUCCAAUUCAAGUCAAUUUAUUGUGUUAAAGGUCAAGUUUGCUGUUGUAUUCUCUAUCUUUUGAAACAAACAUAUAACUUCCUAUUAAUUAAUUCAUUAAUUUCCUAUUAAACCAAAUAUUCCAAUCCCAACGCCAUAAGACCAAUUUUGUAACAUAAUGAAAGUUUAGAAAAAUAUUCGUCAAUUAAGAUGAAUAUGGGUAUAAUUAGUUACCAAAAAUAUGGUUGUAAAAUGGCUGUGCUUUUGCGAUGAUACAAAAGCCCCAUUGAGUACAUUAUUUAAUCUUACCUCAUUUUGUAAUGUUGUAUGCAACUGUCUUUUCUGUUUUAAGCACAGGGAAAUGUGUCAAAAAAGACAGCAAAAGACCAAAAUUCACCAAACUUGAAAAUUAAGGGGAGAAAAUUAAAAGUAAACUAUUUUUUAAACUUUUAUUGACUACCUUGAGUUUUAAUCUCCCAACUAUUCCACAGCCAUACAGAAAAGUAUUCGGCAAAGCUGAGGGCAGUUUUGUUCUCGCUGAGAAAUAGGCAGGCUUUGGAUGUCUCCGAAAUUAUUUAAUGUUGUGUCAAUGAAAGGUUCCCCUACUUGGAGCUAAAUAACUAACAACACUCUUUGAUUUGUAAUUAUGAUUUAUGAUGCUUUAUAUGUAGACAUAGAAUAAACAUAAUACUAUACUUGCACUGGCAUAUAACUUUUCUAUGUAAUUGACAACUUUAAUCUGGUAAAUUGCAGUGCAAUAAUCUACUCACUAAAUGGCCUUUUCUGACAUAUUGCAAGAUAGACCAAUAAUUAAAAAUAUGGAAUUUCUUAGGUGUUUUCUGAACGAACUUGCAUGAUAAUUGAAGGUAGAGUCCGUGAUUCUAAUCCAAUACAAUACACAGUCCUGACACUGUAAAUGGUAAACAUAAACAAUUCCAGACAAUUUGACAGGACCACGGAUAGGAUCGACUGUUGAGCUCAAAUAUCAACAACCUUACGCCAUAAUUGUGGACUACACCUUUGAUUAAAGUCACCCAGAAAAUGGAAAAGCAUAGUUGCUUCUUGACAAGAGUUAAUAGACUUUUGGGGUGUGGUCAAGAAUGUAAUGAAAUGUAUACGCACAAACAUUUAUUAUGUUCAAUAGGUACUCCAAAUUGGUUGAAACUUUGCCGAAUGAUUCAGCAGUAAAACAUAAGCCAAUUAAUGUUUAGAGAGUUGAAUGUAUUGGCAACAGCAGAGAUCCAAAUGUUCAGUAUUUUGCCAAAAGUAGUACAAAGGGACCGGGUGACAGCAUAGCUUGUUAUGGCCAUGCUUUCCAUUUGUGUUGGUGCAUAUUAAUAAUAUAUUAAUUCUUGACACCUACACUACAAAAAACUAUCAACACAUUGAUAAUAUGGUAUAAUUUCACAAUGGCUUUCCCCCAAAGAAAGCAAACAGAGAUUUACCAGAAUGUCUUUUGAAAGAACUGCUGAAAGGUCAACUGUCUUUGACCUGAGAAGACCUCAUGACUAAUUAAUUUAGAGUUACACUUGCAAUCAACUUAUCUGACCACAUCCUCUUUGAAACUGUGUGGCCUAAAAAUAACUGACAAGUGAAAAAGCACUUUUAAAGGUUUAAAGCAGCACUAGACUAAAACUAGCGAACUAACUACCUUAGAUUCAUGCAAAAACCUUGCAAACACUGGCAGGUUAGCCCUGAUAAAAGCUUGGUGGCAUACUAACUACUAACUGGAGUUUUUUGGCAAUAUUUAUCAGUGUCAUGCUGUGAAAGCUUUUUUUGGGGGGGAUAUGCCAUCCCGGACCACAAAUAUAUCUAAAACUGAUACGUGUCAUUGCAUACCUGCCAUGUGCAACAGACUAGUUCAGACUGGUUCCUGGCUCUCAGAAGUCCUGUAAAUUGUGUGUAUGGUGGUAAAUUGUGUGCUUGUCACAGUCAUUUCUUCUCUCAGUUUAUUUUCUUUCUAAAAAAGGCUCUAGAUUAGUCAGCAGUUUAUUAGUCUCUGGUUAAUAGCCACUUCCUGGAAAGAAGUCUUUUGUAUCUUUUAGAUGACUCUCUUACUCUCUCAGUCAGUCAGUGCUGAUUUUUUUCUGUGAAUGAUCUUAAUUCCUCUCCGAUAUGAGGACACUCUUCCUCCCCACAGCUCUGACAGUCUGCUGGUUCCUGGUUGAGGCCAAACCUCAAAUCAAAAUGUUCCCAAACUAUGGACAAGUGUAUGCAGGUGAUACUGUAAUACUGAAAUGUAGUGAGAUUCCCACCAAUAAAUGGCUCUUCAGAGGUCAACUACUCGAGGCAGACAACCAGUCUCUGAUCCUGCCUGCAGCAUCACAACACAGCGCUGGAGACUAUCAGUGUGUCACUGCAGAGAAGAGUGACAAGUUCACCCUCCGUGUUCUGGACCUUCUCGCUCCUGCUCUCCUUGAAGUUUUAUCAAAGAAUGCAGUGGUCUACAAGAACACACUUGUGCCCCUUCAGCUGUACGUAGAUGAGGGCUUAACAGACUGGAAAUGUUACAUCGCCCGCAAGGAUACAUUAUUUCAUGUGCAGAUUCCAGAAGAUGAAAUGACAUCCAAGACAAGCAUCACAUUUUUUGUUGAGGCUAGAGGAGAGAACCCAGAAAUUGUCUUUUGCAACCACAAGACUCGAGGACGCAGCAAUUCUAUCAGCCUCAGGAGCACAGAAAUGGAGGUGUUGUUAGAGAUCCCCCCAAGACCUGCGAUGCUGGGGGAGCCUCUGACACUGAAGUGUGAGGUCCAGGGAGGUGCCGAAAUUAAGACUGCUGUUUUCUACAAGGAUGGCGCUCAGAUCCAAACUACAUCGGAUGGUUCCUACAAGAUCUCAGCCGUCACUGACAAAGACCAGGGCUCCUACCGCUGCAAAGCCACCUACCGUUACACCUACACAAAUCCUCAUGGAGCCUUCAAGGAAAAAGUGGACUCAGAACCUCAAACAUUAAACAUCAGAGCCCGUCCUCCGUCAGCAGUCAUUGCUCACGAUGCCUCAACUCUAGAGUGCUCCUGUUCUGCUCCUGACUGUCCUGCUGCUCCACGUUUCCAUUGGUACUAUCAAGAGUCCGGUACUGCAGUGCCAGCAAUGCACACAAAGGACGCCCCACGACUCCUCUAUGACCAGCCUGGACUGUAUGCCUGCCAAGCUUUCUGGGACGAUGGGGUCUCUCGCCGCAGUCAAUUGUUUUACGCUGCUCCGGACAGUAAACUUAUAAUCUAUGUUGUACUGGCACUCAUAAUAGCAGGAGUGCUGUGUGUGGCGAUAGCAUUUCUGUUUCUUAAAAAGCGACGUGAGGAUUCUGCCGGGCAGAGGGAUGUGCCGAUGAAGAGCAUGAGGAGGAAGAAGGCUGGUGAGGAGGACGACGAAGCGAAAGAUGACGCUUACCAGUCCCUCAAUGAAACAGACAAAAACGACUACCAUACUCUGCAGCAGGGUGAUGGUGCAGAUGGGGGCUAUGAGGCCGUGGGGGGGGCCAGGUCAGGGGAUGGGGGGGACGGUGGUUAUGAAGCACUUAAGGCCAAAGAGCAGAGCGAUGUCUACCACUCUCUGCAGCCUACCGAGACACCGGGGGCAGAUGGAGGGUAUGAGGCCCUGAAGGGCACUAAGCAGAGUGACACCUAUGAAACCUUGAAGCCGACAGCAGAGGGUGGGGGAGACGGGGGGGUCGAGGCGAUUAAGGGAAGCAAGGCAAGUGCUACCGGCGAGGAAUCGGAGGAGAAAGGGGUGUACCAAAAGCUGGGAACUGAUGGGGGUGAUGGGGUCUAUGAGGAGCUGGGAAGGAAAAGACAGGAAGACAAUAAGGAGGAUUGAGAUGGAGAUGAAGGGAGGAGGAAAACCGUAAAAGAGAAAUAGGAAGAAGAGAAAAAGGAUAAAUCAGGCUGAAGAGAUAUAAAUGACACAAAAACAUACACUCUCACACACAUACCUACACAGAUACAUGACAUACUGUAUAUACCAUACACACCAUUGCAAGCAUGGACCAAUUCAGAAUUCAGGUAUUUAAUCUCCUGAAAUCUCCAAAACAUGAGAAAAGCUUAGAAAUGCCACACAUAUACAUAUACUUUAUGGUAAUGACAAAUGCUUCGUAUGAAAUCUGGCAUGGCCACUGACAAGAAUUUAAGAUCAAGUCAGGAUCUCUUCCGGAGUCAACUAGCUGAUGACUUCUCUGUCCAGACAUUGACUAGGGUACUAGUGCACAAAAUGUUUCGCUUUUAGCGUUUGCACCUCAAUGAUUUCAGGGAGGUGCAGCAUAAACUCAGACAAACAUAGACAGAAGAUACAAUAACAAUGCUUAAUCUUAUUUAAAUGUCAUUAUUUUCAUCUUUACCAGUAUUAUCGCAACUGUAGAUUUAAAGCAAUAAAAUAACAGCAGAGUUGGACAUUCAUAUUUGAGAAGGGCAAGAGAAUGAGUGCAGCAAGUUAGCGACAGUGAUGCUGUGUAUUACUACACAGACAAACACAAAUCAGAGAGGACAACAUAGGAAGUGACAUUUGUUAACUAUUUAACAAAUAACAAGAUGGCUGUGGAGCUGGAGUUGGCUAUGUUUGAGCUAUUGAAAAUGUGCUUUAACGGGUGUUAAAUGUAUUAAGUACUGCAUAUCAAAUGUAUUACUAGCACUGUGUUCUAACUUUUUUGCUUUGCUUAAUGCAACCGGUCAGAUAGCCACAAUUCACAUUAUUGUAUUUCUAUAGUAUGUUUAACAUGAUACAUAUUGUUUAUUCAGCAGAGCUGAGCGGUCAUAUUUGAGAUGGGCAAACAAUUGAGUGUGUCAAGUUAUCUGCAAUCAUCUGCAACAGUGAUGUUAUUUGUAACUGAUUACAAUGGAUAUGUGCAAUAUGCAAUAUCAACUUCUAAACAGCAGAGGGAGAUGAACCCUCCGAUUCAUGUAUGAGCCGAGGCUUUAAUAAGGACUUAUUUCUUAGUCUUAAAAAUAUUUUGUACCUGUACUUGACUCUUUCUAUGUAUACUGUUACACUUACAUGACAGCUGUAAACUGCAAAUGGAAAUUAAUAAAGGAUUUGUUUAGAGGAA